UGAAAAGAAAACUAGUAAUUCUGAGUGUAUCGUGCAGUGUUAAUUGUAAAACAACUAUAAGUGUAACACAAUAAAUAUUACAUGGAUAAAGCCGUCACUUGAGGUUGUAAAGAUAUGGAUUCACACAUACUAAAUAUGUAUCAUCAGACUUCUUAUCGCACAAUUGGACAUAAGAUAUUGCGCUCCACUAGCAACUCAAUCUCAUCAGAAGGCAGUUGCAAUCAAAAUAGUCCAGAAUAUACCCAAAUCCAGCAAUCUGAAUUUAGAGAACAGUCUGAAGAUGAUUCUAAUGGGGCUCAGGAUUGGUGUGUGAAUAAUAAUCAAGAAGUAAAUACAACAAAGUCAAGUCAUGAUACCAGUUCUGAUGAAGAAGAUGAAGUUGGUGAAAAUAUUGAAAUAUCUGAAGUACCUUAUAGCCAUCAUGCUUCAGAGUAUCACAUAAAUGCAUCUGAGGGGGAUAAUAUUGAGGUCUCCUCACUCGUAGAGGGAGAUGAUUAUGAUAUCAUUCAAGUAUAUGCUGUAGAUCCUAAUCUAGAUCUAGAAGCUUCAUCGGAUGAAGAAGAUAUUUCGUAUCAGGGUGUUGAUAAUACAGAUGAAGAAAGCUGUACUACAGACAGUAAUAAAAUUAAUGAUCAUAAUGGUUAUGCUCAUCAAGAAGACAGCACUCCAGACACAACUCAUGAUGUCUUAAAUAUAAGUUUAGAUGCACCAGUCGUCUCCAAUGUAGAUGAAUAUUUCAUUAGUACUAAAAACUUAUUGGAUAUUAAAGAUGAACCUAUUGUUAAAGAUGUAGAUGAAUAUUUUAUAAAGAACGCUGGCCCCGAAUCUACAACAAAUGUGGAUGAUUUCUUCAUUAAACAUAAUAUACCUGAACAUAUAGAAACAUCUACAAAGUUUCACAUAGAAAAACAGGUACCGAAUGUUGACGAGUUUUUUGUGACUGACACAAAACAAGAAAAUCAACAGGAUAACAAUGAACCAGAUCCCAAUACUGAUAGCACAAUUAAUGAGUCAGAUUUAGAUGUUCUUCCCAAUAUAGAGGAUAUAAAGAGAUAUCUAUUAGAAGACAUACCAUGCUCUAAAUUUAAAAAUGCUCAAAGGUCAUGCUCUGUUCCACAUUCUCCUAUGAAUAUUUGUAUUGAUGCUGAUGAAGCAAAAACGAGUUUGAGCUUCGAAGAUUUAAACUUAGAUCUAUCUGAUUUGUCUUUUGACAAUGAAAAAGAUAAAAGUGAUAAUAGUGGAACUAAAUUGGAUGAAAUUCCAUGUACACUUACUGAUGAGGAUGUCAAUAGUUUUCUUAUUACUAAUAAAACAGAAUUUACUACUGCUGUAAAAAAUGAAGAUGACUUUAGUCAUCAGGAUAUGGAGAUAGAACAUCCAAUAGAAUCUUCAAUACAGGGCUUACCUGAAAUUCCAAAUAGAAAUAGUAUAGAGGUACUAUUUCUUUCCCCAAUUACUAAACCAGCGGUUCUGGAUUUUUGUAUAGAAAAGUCUAUGACUAAAAAGGAUAUAAAUGAUGCAAAGACUGAAUUGGACGAUUUUGUAGAUGUUGAAUCCUACAAUGAUGCUGUUAUACCAGUUUUAGAGGCAAAUAAUUUGAACUCCUUAUUGGAACAGUUCGAGGCUACUGAACAAUUAAAUACGAAAAAGAAGUCAACAUCAAAAUUAGAAGAGCAGAGAAUAAAAACUUUAAACAAAAGCAGUUUGACAAAUGGUAUGCGGCUACAGGAUGCGGGAGUUCAAUUGAACAAAGCUAAGAUGCGGCGAAUAUUGAUGCCGUCGGCAAUAAAUUCAAGUGGCAGUAAAUCGCCGAGCCCUGUGCGAUCAGACCACGACUACUGCUCGUCGAAAAAACGACACAGUAUGCCCAAUGUGAAGGGAGGACAAAGUCUACUUAAACCUGAAGUGUUGUCUAGUAACAGCAGAAUAUUAAAUUCUAGGCAUAGGUCUUGCAAAAAUAAAAAAAUUGUCUAUCACCUAAGUAGUGAUGACGAAAGUGAAAAGUGUAAUAAUAAUUCGAAAACUAAGAAAACAUUAAAAAGUGACGAUAGUGACACUAAAAAGAAAUCUAGUGGUAAACAAUGUGUUAAACCAGUAAUAUUGACAAUUAAUCGUAAAAAUCUAUCACCAACCCAUAAUGUCGGUAAUGAUGGUUGUAUUAAAAGUAACAAUUCUGUGAUGAACAAAAGUGCUUGUAAAGCAAGUGAUAAUUCUUUUAGUCAAAAUUCUAAUGGUAGUAUUAAGUUAACUAUUAAAAAUAAAUCUGAAGUUAUUCUUAACUGUGAUGAUAAAGACUCUCAGAAAGAUUAUACUGAUAAACCUAAAUCUAGUAAUGUGAGUGAUAAAACUUUAAACUGUAUUGUAAAUAAGUCUGCAAAGGAUAUAAAAGAAUUAGAUUCUAAUAAAAAUAAAACAAUACCUAGUAAUAUAAUUAUUAAAGAAGAAGCCCGUCCAAAAGAUAAAGAAGAGAAUUUUUACACAGCUCUAUUUAGUAAUAAACAAGAUGUACAGAUCCCGCAGUCAAUGCAACUGAAGGGCGAGAAGAGAUUGUUUGAAGAAGAACUGCAGAGGAUAUCUGAGGUAUCAAUAAAAAAGGACGUGGACCAGCCUGUGAAGAAAAAGAAACUGAAUCUUCAAGAAUAUAAAAUGAGGAGAGUUACCUCAAAUAAUAGUUCAGCAACAGUGAGCCCAGAAGCUAUAUUCCCGGAUAUGCCCAAUUUGAUAUUGGAUAAAAGUAAAACAGUUUUAAAUCAAACAUCAUUACUAAAUAAAGCAAUGCAACCAAAAGAAAUUGCACCCAAAGAUGUUUUUGAUCCUAUUAGAGAAGCUUCUAGAAAGAUUCUUAUGAACACAAAGAAACAGAAAGCUGAAGCUAUGAGGAAAAGAGAUGAAGAUAUAGUAAUGAGUAAAAUUCCCAAGGUGCAAAAUUUAGAACUUCAACCAUUAAUAAGUGAUGCUGAGAUGAUGAAAAUUGUAGGUAUGAAUGCAGCUGAAAAAUUGCCAAUACCAAUUGUUCCCGAGAAGCCACAAAUGCUUUCUGAUUAUGAUGAAAUCAUUAUGGUUAGUGUUGGCACAAACACUGAUGAAAAUGUAUUCCAAAAAAUUGAUAGAAGUUAUGAAAAUGUGAGCAGAAAAUCUGAAUCGCCACCCUCUGAUACAAAGUCGUUAAUUAAUUUUAAAAUAAAAAAAAGUGAUCAUAUCCUAAAACAAAAUGUAUUUGAUACAGUAAAAAGAAACAGAAGGAGCCCAGAUAAUAUCAGGAAACAUACUGAUACCAAAAUUGACAAAGAAAGAUAUAAAGAUAUAACAGCAACAUUGAAAAGUGUCGGAAAACAUGUUGAUACUAAAAUAUCUAGUAAUUCAUUAUUUGCUAGCAUUCAAGAUGUGGUUAUGAAAAAGGCCCCAGAAGAAAAAGAAACCAAACGCUCUAAGUCAUGUUCACCCACGGAAAGGAAAUCCAAAUUUGAUUACUCAUACAUUAAAACGGUUAUAGUUUGUGAUUACGAUGCUAAAGCCGAUCAUGGUGAGGAUAAAGUUAUAUUACAUCUGGAGAAGAACAGAAAUAAACCUGCCGCUAAAAAUAUUAUAGUGCAAACAGAUACAGUAGGAGAUUUCCCUGAAUUACCUACCAUGACAACUAACAUGUCUAUAUCUAAAGAUAGACACAAUACUAGAAAGAGAACUGAUAGUGAUAUGUCAAUGUCGAGCGAGGGUAGCCCGGAUCGAAGUGAAGAGUUCAAACCGACAAGCCCAAAACAUCAACAAGAACCAAAAGUUGAGACCAAAAUUGCUAUAAAAAAGUCAGAAGUGAGAAUAGACAAGGGUUCACAUUCAAAAGAGAGGAGAUCAAGAUCGAAGGAUCACUAUGAUUCAAAAUACAGACGUAGAUCACGAUCGGUAUCUCGCGGUCGCAGAAGACGAAGAUCUCAUAGCAGAAAUCGAUCACGCUCACGUGGUAGAUACCGACGGUAUAGACAUUCAGAUUCUCCAUAUAAGAGGAGACGUCGUUCUCGGUCAUCAUACCGUCGCAGAACGCCUUCCAAACGAAAAGACCGUAAAAGACCAUCACGUUCGCCCCCUAAACGCGACGAACCUACUCUAUCUAGAAGUCCACAAUCAAAAAAACCUAAACUAAAUCCUGUUUUUGUCACUAAUGAUGUUGAUAAGAAAUCUAAUGAGGUCAAAAAAUCUGUAACUCCUCCUUUAAGAAAACCAACAGUAUCAGAAAGCUCUGAUUUAUCUACUAGUUCAUCAUCCUCGUCUUCAUCUUCAUCUUCAUCUACUUCCGAUAAUUCUCGCAAGUCCAAUCGAUCUUCGUGCAGUCCUUACAAACGAGACGGACUGUUCCAGAAGAAGGAUUAUAGGAGUUUCAGCUCUGAGGACAGAGAAAGCGCCACACCAGUGGAAGAGAGACGAAUAGUGUUCGUGGGCAAGUUGGAAAAGGACAUCAAUAAGAUGACACUUAGAGGGUUGUUCUCAAAGUUUGGGAAAGUAAUGGAGGUGCGCCUGCACAGCAAGGAAGAUGGGACUCGGUACGGGUUCGUGACGUAUUCUCGGCCGAGAGACGCUUGGGCAGCGGUAGAAGCAGCAGCCAGCUUCCCGAACUAUGACGUCGGUUUCGGCGGCCGCCGCGCUUUCUGUCGACACACUUAUGCUGACCUAGACGGCUUAGAAGCCAAAUACACGGAGAGCGCAUUCCACGGGCAGGCAUCUGUACCGGCACGUCGUAAUAACGACCAGUCCUUUGAGGAGAUGCUGUUAGAAAUGAAGAAGACAUUAAAUCAAAGGAAAAACGAGAAGAAACGCAACGACGACGAGCCCAAGCCUUGACGAUUGCUCCACACUAGCCAUAUUUUAAAUAAAUUAACGCCGGCCAUUUUGACGAUACUCAAACUCGUGCAAAUGGCCGCCUACGUGGGGUGAGUGCAAUGACCCUUACUUUACACGUGUCAGUUGACAAGUGCGUUGUGCAAUGGGGAAAAAGACAAUUGAUUCGAAAGAAUUUGCUCACACUGUACCUAUUCCUAUUGUUUAAUUUUAGUAUACUUUCGUUCCUUAGUUUAGUUCUUUACCUCACUGUAAAUAGUAGUUAUAGUUGUGUAUUAUUAGUGGCGUACAUAGUUAUUAUGUAUAAUUUUUAUUAACUCUGCCUUUUAUGACUUGCCGGUUUUGGUUGAUAAUAAAAGGACAACUUCAAAAAGCA